ACUUAUUGUACCACGAACGGCCACACUAAAGGGGAGUGAAAUUGAUUUUCUGAUAAAAAUUUUCGCUUGGAGCUCGUUGCGAAUCCUUCGGUGGCAAACUUUCCGUUCAGGCUCGAAACAGGUGGAUCAACUCAGAGUAACCAGCAGCAGACAGCGCACAAGAUGAUCGGCGGCCUGUUCGUCUACAACCACAAGGGCGAGGUGCUAAUCUCGCGAGUCUACCGCGACGACAUCGGUCGCAAUGCCGUGGACGCCUUCCGGGUCAACGUCAUCCACGCCCGCCAGCAGGUCCGCUCGCCAGUGACCAACAUAGCGCGGACCAGCUUCUUUCACAUCAAGCGGGCCAACAUUUGGCUGGCGGCUGUGACCAAGCAGAAUGUGAACGCCGCCAUGGUGUUUGAGUUUCUGCUAAAGAUCAUCGAGGUGAUGCAGUCUUACUUCGGCAAGAUCUCCGAGGAGAACAUCAAGAACAACUUUGUGCUCAUUUACGAGCUGCUGGACGAGAUCCUUGACUUUGGCUACCCACAGAACACGGACUCCGGCACCCUGAAGACAUUCAUCACGCAACAGGGCAUCAAGUCGGCCACCAAGGAGGAGCAGAUGCAGAUCACCUCGCAGGUCACCGGCCAAAUUGGCUGGCGUCGCGAGGGCAUCAAGUACCGGCGCAACGAGCUCUUCCUGGACGUUCUCGAGUACGUGAACCUGCUGAUGAGUCCACAGGGUCAGGUUCUGUCCGCCCAUGUGGCCGGCAAGGUGGUGAUGAAGUCGUAUUUGUCGGGCAUGCCCGAGUGCAAGUUUGGCAUCAACGACAAGAUCGUGAUGGAGUCCAAGGGACGCGGCCUCUCCGGCAAUUCGGAGGCGGAAACCUCCCGCUCCGGCAAGCCCGUGGUGGUCAUCGAUGACUGCCAGUUCCAUCAGUGCGUCAAGCUGAGCAAAUUCGAGACGGAACACUCGAUCAGCUUCAUCCCGCCGGACGGGGAGUUCGAGCUGAUGCGCUACCGCACCACCAAAGACAUUUCGCUGCCAUUCCGAGUCAUUCCGCUGGUGCGCGAGGUGGGGCGCACCAAGAUGGAGGUCAAGGUGGUGCUGAAGUCCAACUUCAAGCCCUCGCUGCUGGGCCAGAAGAUCGAGGUGAAGAUCCCCACGCCGCUGAACACCUCGGGCGUGCAGCUGAUCUGCCUGAAGGGCAAGGCCAAGUACAAGGCCUCGGAGAACGCGAUCGUGUGGAAGAUCAAGCGCAUGGCGGGCAUGAAGGAGACGCAGCUCUCCGCGGAGAUCGAGCUGCUCGAGACGGACACCAAGAAGAAAUGGACCCGGCCGCCCAUCUCCAUGAACUUCGAGGUGCCGUUCGCGCCAUCCGGCUUCAAGGUGCGCUACCUCAAGGUGUUCGAGCCCAAGCUGAACUACUCCGACCACGACGUGGUCAAAUGGGUGCGUUACAUCGGACGCAGCGGACUCUACGAGACGCGCUGCUAAACCAUCGCCAUCACGGAGCAAGAGUAUCACAGUUGAAUUUAACGUAACGAACCGAAACGAAUGGAGAACGUGUUACCGCAUCUAUUGGUAUUUCCUCAAUCAAAUUGAACCAGCAGUUAAUGUAUUCCAAGAUUAGUUCCAGCAAGUCGGCCGGAGGAGGCCCGAGUAGCGGGUCCGCCGGUCCAGACACCAUUUGCCGUAUACCGCACACACUGCCUCCGCGAGCACUGGUUAUGCGGGCGGGGCGUGUUCCGUUCCCUAUAGACAUACCACUAGGUACUACACUAUGAUUUACCCCUACUAUGUAAUUGUAAACUAUGUUGUUUUUAUAUAUGCGUCGCGGGACGCCUCUCAAAUCUCACGCUCACGUUUUCACAACCCUAAUUAUUAUUUGUAUUAUCGUAUUAUAAAUCUAUAUAUAUAUAUUAAUCAUUAUUUUCAUUGUGCAAAGAACAAAGGCGAUAAAUGCAACUAAGCGUAUUUAAUAGACCAAAACUCUCUGUCAGCGCUAUCAAUAUUGAUAUUCAAGUGUUAAUAAUAUUCGAAUUGUUUAAUAAAUUAGCAUGAUAUAUACUAAA